GCGUCCCUGUGUCAGUUGUGUCGUGACGUCGGCGACGUCAGGGCGCGGAUUCGUCGCAGCGCGUCACUACCUCAGAAUGACGGGCCGAUAAACCAUCUUGUCAGCGAUCUCUGCGGCGGGCGGGCCGACGGUCCCGAGGAAGACCCCAGAGGUUACCGAGGAUGGCGAGCUCGGGGUCCGUGGCUGGUGACGGGGUCGCCGACAACGAUGGCACUUCUGGACUCGCAGCUGGCCCCAGAAAUCCCUUGAUCUGUGGAGUCUGCCAAGACUACUACAGCGAUCCCUGUUUACUCUCCUGCUUUCACACCUUCUGCGCUCAGUGCCUCCAGGGUCCUCAUCUCGACGGCAAGCUUGCUUGUCCGAUCUGUGGACAAAUAACGCAGCUGAAAGAUGGAUCGCAACUACCACCCAGCGAUCAGUUAAUGCGCCAACUAGUCGAGAUAGCCAAUUCAGAGAAUCCACCCUGUGCUAAUUGUGAUAAAAGGGACAAAUCUACAAUGUUCUUCUGCACAACAUGCGGACAAGCUUUGUGCAAUCACUGCCGGGAUCACACACAUCGGGCAAAGAUGUUCUCGACUCAUGAAGUAGUACAUAUGAGCAAAUGUGCCAAAGACACACAGCGGAGGUGUUCGACUCAUGGUGAACAAUACAUCAUGUACAGCCAGACUGCAAAAUGCAUGCUAUGUGCAACAUGCUUCCGAGACACACCAACCGAUGCCAGGCUCCAUUGCAUGGACAUAGAUGCAGCUUGGCAUCAAGCUUCAAAGAGGAUGGAACGAACUGCCAACUCGAUCUGCGAACUUCAAGCUGGAGUCAAGGAUGGUCUCCUCGCCCUAAAAUCUCAGCUCGAUGAACUUCGACACAGCCUUGAAUCAGAGAAACGAUCACUCACUUCUUACUGUCAGGGCAUGCAGGAAACAGUGGCGAAAACACAUGCGUCGAUGCUCUCAGAAUUACAGCGACAGUUUGAAAGCAAGGAACGAAUGGUACGAGCGCAGCUUUUAUCACUGGGCAGUGCUCUUCCAGUGCUGCAAAUGCACCUGAUGUUGUGCACUGCAUUCACCAGCGGUGCCACAAAGUACCAGUUUCUGGAAUUAGCGCACCUGAUGUUGGAUCGCCUAGGUCGAGUAGCUCAACUGGGUCACCCAUCGAGGCCUCCUCUUCUUACAGCCCAUCUUAAGACGAAUUAUCGAACAGAGUUUGCUCGGGUCCUUCAACCCUACGUAGGUCAGACAAAGGAUUCCCUCUAUGAUCAUGCACACAACAUCGGACAGCCUGAGCCCCAGUUUAUCCAGCAGAGUAGCAAGACCAGCCAGAGAGCACAGCCCAAGUCUGGGACGGACGGUGGACCUUUUUCGAAUCAUUGCAGGACCUUUGACAACCAGCUGAAGGAACUCAGCGAUCAGCUGAUGGCAGUCAAGGAACGCCUUGAAGACCUUCAUCGAGACGUCACCAUUCUGCGCAGAGCUAACACUCCUCCACUGAAUGCUCGCUACGAGCAUGUGGCUCGGGACUGCAAACUACUCGAGCAGCAGCUGGAACACCAUCAAAUGGAGCUGGAGAGAUUAAGAAGUGUUUUUGACGCACUCUGGGAGGAACAGCUUUGCCGGAUCCAUAUAGAGAAGGAGAUCUUCCAUUCGCAGAUGAAUGACAUCUUGACAUUACGCAGUGAGGUUAGACAAUUGCUAACCUUAGCGCAGCAGUUGGAACCCUUCGUCAAGUCCUUUACAGCCGGAGUCAAUGCUGGAGACUUAAGCACCGCUGCUUCCGAUGCAGCUGGUCAUCAGCAUCUGCAGGUUCUUCUGGAUCAUCUGGCUAGAUUGCAGUUGCAAGAGCCGAUGCAACAACAGCAACAAUCCUCUGCGCCCACUAAGGAGUGUCGUCACCCACGUACUAGUUCCACUGGUGCAGAUAAUGCUCUGUACAUGAAAGAAAGUAAAGAGAUGCCGACAAGAUGCAGAACACCAUCUGGAGGGGUCGGAGCUGUCUUAGACUCCAGUGGAAACAUCGUAGUGUAUGGGACUGCGAAGUCAUCGGAUUCAAAGAGAGGAGUCUUGAGCCAGCUCAUUGAAAAGGCUCGGACCAAAGAAGACAGAAAGAAGUCUCCAGGAAGAGACGAAACCAGGGAUCGCAGCCAAAGUCGUCGAUCUAGAAAGUCUCCGGAUGAAGUCAAGCCGAAGACUCCGCUAAGUCAUUCGAGCAGCAAAGUUCGAUCCUUGUAUCGAACCUUGACAGGCGCAGCAUCUGAACAAGGAGGGGAGAAUUCCGAACAACCAGAGCGAUGUAGUGAAUCUCAACAGCAGCAUCAAGAGCAACAACAACAACAACAAAAUCGUCCUACUGCCGAAGAAAGUGACUACCAGAGGAUAUCGGAGACGUCCAGCAUGGGCGAUACGAAGAAACGAGUGCAGGCUCAGGUUCACCCAGUGCCUCCGGAGGAGCAGACCAUGCCGACAUGCAAGAGCACCAAGGUUUACCCGGUGAGCGACUCCGAGGAAAUGUUUUACUCCGGCGAGAAAGGUGGAACAGAAGCCAGGAGGCGUCGACGAGCCAGCUGUGACAGCUUGAGCACCACAGGUUCAGCAAACAGUCGCCGGUCCAGCUUAGCUGAUGGGAUGGUAGGUCAAACCGGUGCACCGGAUCCCAGGAAAACUCUGGUUGUUCUGAUUGGUCCCUCUACGCCGUCGUCUCUGGUGCAGAAGCAGCGCUCCUGGGAAACCUUUCCGAGGCCGAAGAGCAAGAGGACUGCUGGUGAGAGUUCGACGGGCCUAGGUCAACUGAAGAAGGCUGACAGCUUCGAAGGCCACGAGGAAGCCGUGCGUACCCUAGUGGCUGCGGUGCAGGAGACCAGGUCACACCUUCGACAGCACCACUUGCAUCACCAUCGACACCACCGCAAGAGCAAAACGAACUGAAGCCUGAUUCGAUUGGACCAAUCCUACCCUUGGAGGAACUCGACUUGAUAAGGGAAUGUCAAAAGUUUCGAUGCACUCAAUCUUCUACGAGGCAGAUUUGACAUCUUGUGGAGCGCCACUGAUUUUGAGAUUAUGUGGUUUGUCACCUGAAAAUGAUACAAGGUUUCAUGUUCUGUUUUGGAAGCUCUUCAAAGUGUAUCGAAGUUAUUCGGUAUUUUUACUGCUCGUCGUUACAAAUGGUGUUUUGGUCUAAACGAUUCUAUGUUACGGUUGCGAUCUAACCUUGCAUCGUACUGACUGAAACUUUUCGAAGUGAACCAAGUAUUUGGUAUUGAUCUCUGCUGAUAAUAAGAACGCCGAAAGAAUUGCUGCCAUUUCAUUUUUAACGAGGGAGUUUCUAUGGAUCGCGUCAAAUGCCAGGUUGGAUUAUAAUCUGAAGGUUGAUCGUUAGCCAUGUAUUGGGUACGGCGAAGAUAAUCGAAGGCAGUCUCAGUUUAUAUGUUAAAUGCUGACCAAGGGUAAUUGUUUCUUAAUACGAAUUAAACGUUCGGAGAUUGACGGAGAAGUUCAAGAUUCCAUUAAAUGAUGGUACGAUAAAGCUUCCUUUAGUACAAAGCAUAUCGUUGACAUUAUUUGUAAUUUUGUCGAUUCUUAAUCGAUGCUCUAGUUUAUUGGCUGUAGCUUCUCAUAUUGCGAAAAAUGUUUAAGAUAUUGCGAAGCAGGAUUUAUAACUCUUCACUUUGUGAAGUACAUCUUCUCAUGAAGGGUCUCGAUGGAGGCCAAAAAUUCUCUCUAUCUCAGUCUCGAUUGGGAUAUUUCGAAAAUCUUUCCCCUUUAAGCUUUCUAAGAAGGGCAAUUUAUGAGAAAGUGAUUCACGUUGAUCUAACUGAUCGAUGGAGACAUUAGCUAGAAAAUAACACUGCCAAUAAUGGUACAUACACCACGAAUUUAAUCACUCGAUAGGGAAGGAAAGACAGACAGAGUGAAGUUAGCCUAAUCAAAUUCAACUGGUAGCCUAAUUUAAUCUAUUUAUCAUGUUAAGGUUCUCACCGAUGUAAUCAGAAGAUUAUUACCAGCACCGAUAGACUCGGAACUGGUUCUUUGCAGUAUUGCUCCUCGGUGAGCUUCCAGUGCAUGUACUGGAUGUCUAGUAUCUGUAACGAUAUUUAUGAAUGGCAAAACUUCUCUGCAUAUAAUAUAUUUCUUCGUGUGCUGAAUGCUCACCUGAGGAAGGGAAACGUAAUGACAUUAGGAAAAGGUUAGCCGAAUUAAUCCAAUCUUGUUGACAGCUACCGAGCUGACAUUCUGGCUAGUGUAACGAGAAGAGAAAUCAUACAGCUCACGAUUGCCUCUCCUGAAUUGCAUCCUGUAUUUAUAAAUCGGAUGCAGGAAUACGUAAGACUAGCCAUGAUUAUUGACAUUAAGGAAAUAACAACGUGACGCCAAAUUUAGAAAGGGUAAUCCUAUACCUCGUAUUAAUAAAUAAGCCUCGCCCAAGUGGCGGACCCUUAAGUAUAUUACAUUAAUGGCAAAGGUACUCGAUAAGUAUACAAUACGAACAUAAUUUAGGGGAAUGUAUUUAAAGCGUAUUAAAUCGUACGAAUUAAGAGGAACUAAUGUUGAUCGUUCAUUAGUUUUUAUCUUAUCCGUUUUAUAUAUUUUCAUUCAUACCGUACGUUUUUAGAGUAGUUGGAGUAAAAAAAUCCUUACAUGAGUUCUUUUUUGUACAAGUUUUAUUUAAAGUAUUCUCAACGUGUACACGCUACGAUCGGUCGGCGGCUCUAUAAUUGUCUAUAUUUUAGAAAUGUCUAUAAAAAAAAAUCCAACAUC